AUGAGUGAAGAGGAGCCACAAAAGAGAGAUGAGGGAUUUGUGGUGAGAAAUGAGGAUGAGUUUGAAAAUGAGAUAGUUGAUGUUGAGAGAAAGGAGCCACAAAGUAAGAAUGAGAGAGAUGAGGAAAAGGUAGAAAAGCCCCCCAUGAAAGUAUACAAGCCUCCCAUUCCAUUCCCUCAUAGGAUUGUUGAAAAGAAAUUGAAUGAAAAGUUUUCAAACUUUCUUGAAAUCAUGAGAGGACUUCAAGUAAAUAUCCCCUUUCUUCAUGCUAUGUCACAAAUGCCUACAUAUGUAAAAUUUUUGAAGGAUCUUUUAUCCAACAAGAGUAGGCUUGAAGAGAUUGCAACCAUAUCCCUUCCUAAGGAGAUUAGAGACUUAGAGGCUAUGGAUGCUUUAUGUGAUCUUGGGGCAAGUGUGAGUUUGAUGCCCUAUUCUAUUGCUAAGAGUUUGAAAGUGGGAGACUUGAAGCCAACAAGAAUGUCCUUACAAUUGGCCGACCGCACGGUUAGGCUACCUUUGGGAAUUCUUGAAGAUGUACCGGUUCAAGUUGGAAGAGUAUUUGUGCCAUGCGAUUUUGUGGUAAUGGAAAUGGAAGAAGAUACUACGGUGCCCCUAAUAUUGGGAAUACCGUUUUUGAACACCGCGGGUGUUGUAAUUGAUAUGAAGCAAGGAAGAUUGACCUUGAAUGUGGGAUAUGAGAAAAUAUCAUUUUCAUUCCCACAAACAUUGAAAAAGCCAUUGUAUGAUGAAGUUCAUAGAGUUGAUACAUUGGAAAGGGACUUAGAGAAGUUCCAAGAAAAUUUGUUUGAAUGA